AUGGGUCGCGUCAUCAGAAAUCAGAGAAAGGGCAGAGGCUCCAUCUUCACUGCCCAUACCCGACUCAACAAGGCGCCGGCCAAGUUCAGAACGCUCGAUUAUGGCGAGAGACACGGCUACCUUCGCGGCACCGUCACCGACAUCAUCCACGACCCCGGCCGUGGUGCGCCUCUAGCCCUCGUCAAAUUCCGAGACCCCUACGCCUACAAGCACCGAACCGAGACCAUGAUCGCGGUGGAAGGAAUGUACACUGGACAAUUCAUCUACGCUGGAAAGAACGCCAACUUGUCGGUCGGUAACAUUUUGCCUUUGGGUCAAGUUCCUGAGGGUACCGUGGUCGCCAACGUCGAAGAGAAGACUGGUGAUCGGGGUGCGUUGGGACGAACAUCCGGAAACUAUGUCACUGUCAUCGGACACAACCCAGACGAGGGCAAGACCCGAGUCAAGCUCCCCAGUGGUGCCAAGAAGGUGGUUCUCAGCACUGCCCGAGGCAUGAUUGGUAUCGUUGCAGGUGGUGGACGUACCGACAAGCCGAUGCUGAAGGCAUCUCGCGCGAAGCACAAGUUCGCUGUCAAGCGCAACUCUUGGCCCAAGACUCGUGGUGUUGCCAUGAACCCUGUCGACCAUCCUCACGGUGGUGGUAACCAUCAACAUAUUGGAAAGGCCUCUACCAUCUCAAGAUACGCGGCUCAAGGUCAAAAGGCUGGUCUCAUUGCCGCCCGAAGAACCGGUCUGCUCCGUGGUACCCAGAAGACCAAGGACUAG